AUGAGAUAUAUUAAUGUGAUUUAGACUCCAAAAAGUGAAUAAUAAUAAAUAAUAUUACCAAAUGUUAGAGUACGAUCUAAUACUAUGCAAUAAAAUAAAUAACAAGUUAAUUAUAAGAAAUAAAUUACUUUAAAUAAUGAUUAAUCAUACAAUAUUGGAAAUGAACUUAAUUCAUCAAGAAUAAAUAAUAUAUUCUAAAUGGAAAUUAUGACUCAUAAAUUUGAAUAGUUAAAAGUUUCAUUAUCUCAUUCUACUUAAGAAGAUGUUAAUAAAACAAAUAUAAUUAAAAGUAAAAAGAAAAAGACCAUAUAAAAGACUUAAUGUAAUGAAUCAAUUUAUAGAAUAAAUGAAUAUUAGUUAUUUAAAAAGAAAAUAGAAGAUACCAUUUAAACAGAAUUAAAGUAAAUUUAAGAAUCUCGAUAAAAAUUGAUGAAAUGUGUCUUAAACACACGUUAAAGAAAUAGAUCCUUAUAACUAUAUGGUGAUGAUUUAACACCAGUUAUAUAAAACGAAAAAACAAUCCUAUAAAAUUAAAAAGAUGAAAAAGGUUAUUAAAUACAUCAUCAAUAGAAUAGAGAUACUUGCUUGAUUCCAUUAAAAAAUAGUAUACGCAAAGAUCACCUAUGGGUAAUGCUUACUGUUGUUUGAAAGCCUUAAAAAAGACUUAGUAAAAAAAAGUAUUUUUAAAGUUGUGUUGA